AUGAAUGACUCGAAGGAAGGUGUGAAAAUAGAAUUGCUGCGCCUGACCCCCCCAGCCCUGAACCUAAACAUUUGGAACUUUUUCAACAUUAAGGAAGUAGGAAAUAUUGAUUUUGAAAAAAGUACAACUAAAGAGGACCUGAGUUUGUCAAAUGAGUUCAGCCUAAGUCUGCCGAUCAAUUCUCCGAAGAUAUACAUUGGGCAGAAUUUGAAGACCCAAAUUAAUAUUUCGAAUAAUUUGAAAAAUGAGAUACAAAUAUGCACAAUCGGUGUAGAUGUUAUGACAAGGCAGACCACGUUUAAUAUUUAUAGAAGUGCGGAACAUGUCACGGUACAGUCGAAUUCUUUUUUUAACUUUUUAACAACUUUUCUAGUGACCUUCGAAGACACGUUCACAGUUCACUGCGCGGUGGAAUACUUGCAAGGAAGUGAAAAGAAAAAGUUGAGGAAGGACUUCAACUUUAUAAGUAAAAAUCCGUUCCACCUGAAGACAUUGAUACUGCAGAAGGAAGACAAAAUAUACAUAGAGGCGGUGGUGAGAAAUGUCGAAGAGGAUAACAUAAUGCUAAACGAUGUUACAUUUAAGGACAUAAAAUGCGAACUGAUAAAAAAUGAAGACGCGCUUAAAACGCAUGAUGGGUUGUACUAUUUGAAGCAGAAUGAUGAGUAUUCCAUGAUUUUUUGUGUAAAGGAUGAGGAAAGCAAAUUACACAUUUUAAAAACCCCAUGUCAUGAGAAUGUAACUAAUAUAGAGAUGCUUUUCUUCACAAGUAACGGCGGUAAAGGCAUAAACAAUUCGCACUUUUUAAAAAAAAACAUAAUUACAGAUAAUGUGCGGAUAUACCUGCAGCAAAAUGAGCAUCCUUUUUACGUAAUAAAUAAAUUGUACAAAUUCGAAAUUGUGUUUGAAAAUAAUACAGAUGAAAGUAUCCCUCUGGAAAUAUUUAUUCACAAUAGUUUUGAUAUUCAUGUGGUGAACAAUUUUGUGAAGGCCCACAUAAUUGAGGAGAGAAAAAAAGUUUCCCAUUUUUUUUAUGUUUUGUUUGUUAAUCCUGGAGUUCAUUUUUUUAAUAAAAUUACUAUAUGUAAUAAGAGGACUAAAAAAAGAAUAGAUUACGUGAGGCUGUUCAGGCUGUUCGUGAAGUAG